AUUUCCUUUUCCUGACUCUAUAUGAACACCUGACCAUAGGGGUUUCCAAUCAGACUGCAUUUAAUUAUAGAAACUGUAGCAAGGAAAAGACCCAGCCCUGUGGUGGAGACUGUAUACUUUGUAUUAAACCUGUUUGCUUGCGUAAAACUGAACAUGAAGGCAAAACUUGGAUGCAAACAACAUUUUUAAGAAGUUUGCUCUCUUCUUCCCCUGUAAUAAAAACUUUUGGGUCUAAAUUUAGCUUGGAGAGUCUAAAUUUUCCAGGAGAGCUAUUCCAUGUUCUUUGACUUAAAGGACAGUUUAUUUGAGAAGUGACUUUGUUUUAAAGAGGCCUCAAUUGCUUUGGGACCCACUUCCACGUAGGAUAAGUUUAAUUGAAUGUAAUGCAAGUCUAUUGAGGGUGGGGUGAAGUAGAGAGACGCUAUUUCUACAAUAUGUAGCUUAAAAUUGUAAAGAAACAUAAUAGAUUAGCCAUUACUAGGAAGCUUUAUCUAUCUGUAAUUCAAUUUUUUUUCCAGAUGUGCAGUCAUCAGCUGCUCACUUGUGGCUGCUUUAUGGUUUUUGUAACCAGGUCGUUGUGAAUUAUCCAGCUCUGUUGCCACAAGUGUCACUUAGAGAGCAGUAGUGUGAGGAAGCUGGCAGUGGAAUGGCAGGACGGCCUCAUCCUUAUGACAGUAACUCCAGUGAUCCAGAGAAUUGGGAUCGGAAAUUGCAUAAUAGACCUCGUAAACUUUGUAAACAUUCAAGCACCUCAUCCCGUGUUGCUAAAGGAAUAGACUACACCAAAAUGAGCCUCCAUGGUGCGAGUGGUGGACACGAGAGAUCGAGGGACAGGCGCAGGUCCAGUGACAGAUCUCGUGACUCGUCCCACGAAAGAGCAGAGUCUCAGCUCACUCCGUGCAUCAGGAAUGUCACUUCACCCACAAGGCAGUAUCAUUCUGAUCGGGAGAAGGAUCACAGUUCGUCUCGGCCCAGCAGCCCCCGGCCCCAGAAGACAUCCCCCAAUGGUUCAGUUGUCAGCAUGGGCACCAGCAGCAGGAACAGCAGCCAGUCCAGCUCAGAUGGCAGCUGCAAGGCUGGUGGGGAAAUGGUGUUUGUGUAUGAAAAUGGCAAAGAGGGAGCUCGGAACGUCAGAACUUCCGAGCGAGUAACGCUCAUCGUGGACAACACCAGAUUUGUUGUAGAUCCUUCCAUCUUCACUGCACAACCUAACACCAUGUUGGGCAGGAUGUUUGGAUCAGGCAGAGAACACAACUUUACACGGCCCAAUGAAAAAGGAGAGUAUGAAGUUGCUGAAGGAAUUGGUUCCACUGUGUUUCGUGCUAUUCUGGAUUACUACAAGACUGGGGUGAUACGCUGUCCUGAUGGGAUAUCUAUUCCUGAGCUGAGAGAAGCGUGUGACUAUCUCUGUAUCUCCUUUGAAUAUAGUACCAUAAAAUGCAGAGAUCUGAGUGCUCUGAUGCAUGAAUUGUCAAACGAUGGUGCUCGCAAGCAAUUUGAGUUUUACCUGGAAGAAAUGAUUCUGCCAUUAAUGGUAGCCAGUGCCCAAAGUGGGGAGAGGGAGUGCCACAUCGUUGUGCUGACAGAUGAUGAUGUUGUUGACUGGGAUGAAGAGUAUCCCCCCCAGAUGGGAGAGGAGUAUUCACAAAUUAUUUACAGCACAAAGUUGUACAGAUUCUUCAAAUACAUUGAAAACAGAGACGUGGCCAAAUCAGUUCUGAAGGAAAGGGGGCUCAAGAAGAUCCGACUGGGCAUCGAAGGUUACCCCACGUACAAGGAGAAGGUGAAGAAGCGGCCGGGCGGGAGGCCGGAGGUGAUCUAUAACUACGUGCAGCGGCCUUUCAUCCGCAUGUCCUGGGAGAAGGAGGAGGGCAAGAGCCGGCACGUCGACUUCCAGUGCGUCAAGAGCAAAUCCAUCACCAACCUGGCGGCGGCGGCCGCCGACAUCCCGCAGGACCAGCUGGUGGUGCUGCACCCCACGCCGCAGGUGGACGAGCUGGAC